CGUCUAUCGACGACUGUUUCGUGUGUUUCAUUCACUGUAAGACUGAGGGAACCGGCGAUCAUUGGUGAGCUUGUGUGCCAUAAGCCAUACGUUCAGUCACUCAGUGUCUGAGUGUUUGUCUCAUCAAAGUGUAUGUCUUCAUGUCUGCCAACUCUCACACGACUGACCAUUACUUGCUGUCCACUAUCUGAUCACUGAUCACCACAUUUGCUAUCAUUUGUUUGAAAGUAAUUAUCAUUAACUGAUCCAAUAGUCCAAUAGUCUUGUGCUUCAUUUUCACCAUUUGUAUACAAUGAUGGAAAUAGUGGACAAUCGCCACAACAUGUCUCAAUACAAGCAGAACUCGGAGGACGGGGGGUAUAUGGAACAGGAGGAGGAAUGGGAACGGGAGGGCCUACUCGACCCCGCCUGGGAGAAGCAACAGAGAAAGACAUUCACGGCGUGGUGUAACUCCCAUCUCCGCAAAGCGAACACUAAUAUUGAUAACAUUGAGGAAGACUUCAGGAAUGGUCUGAAGUUAAUGCUUCUGUUGGAAGUGAUAUCUGGGGAGACAUUAGCCAAACCGGACAGAGGAAAGAUGCGCUUCCAUAAGAUCGCAAACGUGAACAAAGCCCUCGACUUCAUUGCCAACAAAGGAGUCAAAUUGGUUUCUAUCGGCGCUGAAGAGAUAGUCGACGGCAACACGAAAAUGACUUUAGGACUCAUUUGGACUAUAAUUCUUCGGUUCGCUAUUCAAGACAUUUCUGUUGAAGAAAUGACUGCCAAAGAGGGUCUGCUAUUGUGGUGUCAGAGGAAGACCGCCCCCUAUAAGAACGUAAACGUCCAGAACUUCCACUUGAGUUGGAAGGAUGGCCUCGCUUUCUGUGCCUUAAUCCACAGACAUCGGCCAGAUUUGCUCGACUACUCCAAGCUCUCUAAAGACAACCCGUUAGAGAAUCUGAACCUCGCGUUCGAUAUCGCGGAGAAACACCUGAAUAUUCCCCGAAUGUUAGACGCGGAAGACAUAAAUAACAGUCCAAUGCCUGAUGAACGCGCUGUCAUGACUUACAUAUCCUCCUAUUACCACACAUUCUCGGGCGCCCAACAGGCGGAAACGGCUGCCAAUCGCAUCUGCAAAGUGUUGAAAGUAAACCAAGAAAAUGAACGCUUAAUGGAAGAGUACGAACGGCUGGCCUCUGAUCUCCUCGAAUGGAUUCGCCGAACGACUCCAUGGCUUAAAAACAAGACAACAGACAAUCAAUUGGCGACCGUUCAGAAGAAAUUGGAAGAGUUUAGGGCUUACAGGAGAGUCCAUAAGCCUCCUCGAGUGGAGCAAAAGGCUAAACUGGAGACCAAUUUUAAUACAUUGCAAACUAAACUAAGACUAAGCAAUAGACCGGCUUAUAUCCCAACCGAAGGCAAAAUGGUGUCAGACAUCGGCAACGCCUGGAAAGGCUUAGAACACGCAGAGAAAGGCUUUGAAGAAUGGCUCUUGUCUGAGAUGAUGAGACUCGAGAGGUUAGACCAUUUGGCGCAGAAGUUUAAACAUAAGGCAGACAUUCACGAGGAGUGGACUAAAGGCAAGGAAGCGAUGCUUCAGAGCCAAGACUUCCGCAACUGUCGUCUCAAUGAAGUGAAAGCCCUGAAGAAGAAACACGAGGCCUUCGAAUCGGAUUUAGCCGCACAUCAGGACAGAGUGGAACAGAUCGCUGCCAUCGCUCAGGAGUUGAAUUCAUUGGAUUACUACGACUCGGCCGGUGUGAACGCCCGGUGCCAACGCAUAUGUGAUCAGUGGGAUCGACUCGGAAGCCUAUCUCAGAAGAGAAGCAGUGCUCUCGAAGAGGCCGAACGUGUUCUCGAAAAAGUCGAUCUUUUGCACCUGGAGUUCGCCAAAAGGGCGGCGCCGUUCAACAACUGGCUCGACGGCGCUCGUGAAGACUUAGUGGAUAUGUUUAUUGUUCACACCGUCGAGGAGAUCCAGGGCUUGGUUGAGGCGCACGAACAGUUCAAACAGACUCUGGGAGAGGCAGACAAAGAGCACUCGUCUAUUGCAUCGCUCUCUCAAGAGGUUCAGUCAAUCGCAACGCAAUAUCAGAUUCCCGGAGGCAUAGAGAACCCCUACACCACACUCACCGCACGGGACAUCACCAACAAGUGGACAGAAGUGAAGCAAUUGGUGCCAAAACGAGACCAAACGCUUCAAAGCGAACAACAGAGACAACUCCGAAAUGAAGGGCUGAGACGUAAGUUCGCCGAAAAGGCUAACGGAGUCGGCCCUUGGAUUGAACAGCAAAUGGAUUCAGUGGCAGCCAUUGGAAUGGGAAUGUCGGGCACUCUGGAGGACCAGUUAAGCAAACUGCGACAAUACGAGAACGCAGUCAAUGUGUACAGACCUCAUAUGGAUGAGUUAGAAAGGACUCAUCAGGAGGUCCAGGAGAAUAUGAUCUUCGAGAACAGAUAUACCCACUACACGAUGGAGACACUACGUGUCGGUUGGGAACAGUUGAUGACUUCGAUCCACAGAAACAUCAAUGAAGUUGAGAACCAAAUCCUUACGCGAGACUCGAAAGGCAUUACAACUGAACAGUUGAAUGAAUUCCGGGUGUCUUUCAAUCACUUCGAUAAGAACAGAACCGGAAGACUCAACGAUCAGGAGUUGCGCUCAUGUCUGGUGUCAUUGGGUUAUAGCAUACGUAAUGACAAACAGGGAGACUCUGACUUCAGGCGUAUUAUGAAUAUAGUGGACCCCAAUAACACCGGUUACGUCUCGUUUGACACUUUCCUCGACUUCAUGACCAGAGAGAGCACAGACACGGAUACUGCCGAACAAAUCAUCGAUUCUUUCCGUAUUCUGGCUUCAGAUAAGCCGUUUAUAACUGCUGAUGACUUGCGUCGGGAACUGCCACCGGAUCAGGCCGAGUACUGCAUCCAACGUAUGGCGCCAUAUAAGGGGCCGAACGCAGUGGUCGGUGCUCUCGAUUACAUGUCAUUCUCGACGGCAUUGUACGGCGAAAGCGACCUUUGAAUGGUGUGCUGAAGACUAGUCACUGAAUUGCCAUUAAAACUACUUUUCAUCGAUUCUUAAAUUAUAAAAACGCUUAGAUUUCAUACCUUUUAAUAAUCAUUUAAUGAAUAUAUUAAUGAAAGUAAUUGUGUCUUAAUUUAAGUAAUAUUUAUUAUAAAGAAAAUCAAUUCAUAUUUAAUUAAUGCAAAAUUGAGCUCAAUUUGAAAUGCGGCCCAACUUUCUAUACAAUAUGACAAUUAUUACUACUAUUUGAUAGUCAUUUCAUUGAAUGUUUGUUUAGUUUGAGUGCCGUUUGAUUGCGUCUCUUAUAUGUGUUUGUGAGCUCUGUUUAGAUGAUAUACUCGACGACAAUGUAUUGCCAUUCGAUGCAAGUCUUCCCCAAUCUUUCAUUCCUUAAACCCUUUUCCCAAAUGUCUCCCCAUUUGUCUGAUUAUUAUUUGUAAAAUAAAUAAAUGUUUUCUCAAAAAUA